AGUAUUUGGUAAUGCCGUUCGGACUCACCAACGCACCGGCAACGUUCCAAGCCGACUUCAUCAACGGGUUACCACCUACCAUCAGCGGUCAUGAUGCAAUCCUUGUCGUCAUUGACAAGUUCUCCAAAACGGGACACUUCAUCCCGACACACACGACGACACGCACCGAGGAGACAUCACAACUCUUCGUUCGUUACAUCAUCUCACAGCAUGGCAUUCCAACCACACUCAUCUCCGACCGAGACCCCAAGUUUACCAGCAAGUUUUGGAAGGAACUUAUGUCUCUUCUCGGGGCCAAACUCGCCAUGUCAUCCUCCUACCAUCCACAGACAGAUGGACAGACCGAGCGCCUCAACCAAAUUGUGGAGCAACUCCUGCGAGCAGCCUGCAAAGACGACAUCUCCAAAUGGGACUUGCAUCUGCCCGUCCUAGAGUUUGCCUACAACAAUGCCACUCACGCUGCUACUGGACAGAUGCCGCUCUUCCUCUGUUACGGACACCACCCACUCAUACCACAAAAACCGACCACAUCCGCGACAGUCCAACCUGCACAUGAUUUCAUCACAACCAUGCAUCAGCUUUGGGAUCGGACCCACAAGCGCCUCCUCGACAUGCAGCAGCAACAAAAGCACCAGGCCGAUCGCCAUCGCAACGACCACACUAUUACCGUGGGAGACCAGGUGCUCCUUGACACCCGCAACCUUGACAUUAGCCAUCUCCCAUCUAAACUACGACCUCGCUUCUGCGGGCCUUUUCUCGUUGAAGCACAGUAGGGGUGAAGACGCACGUACUUGGAAUACGU